AUGGCGGGCGAAGACGAAUUUUUGGAGAAGAAUUUCGUUGUAUCUACGACGGAGAGUACGAGUCAGGUAGUACCGCCUCUAGAUCAAGAGCAUGGUCAUGAUAGCAGUCACGACAGCGAGAGCGAGAGUGACAGUCACUCCGAGCCUACAUUUGAGCCAACAACGACCUCGAAAGAAGUAGGGCUACAUCAAAAUGCUAUAACUACAGCGACAGAAGCCGUUGACCUCGAACGCAGCGGUACUCGCGCAUCCUCCACAGUGGAAUAUUCAGUCUUUUCACCUGGCAUGAAACGAUACAUCGUUAUUGCCGCCUCGUGUGCUGGUUUCUUCUCGCCAAUCUCGUCUCAGAUCUAUUUCCCAGCUAUGAACACAUUGGCAAAAGACCUAAAUGUUUCGAUUUCAUUGAUCAAUUUGACGAUGACUAGCUAUAUGAUCUUUCAAGGCAUUGCACCCGUCUUCAUAGGCGAUUUUGCAGAUAACGCCGGCCGACGACCGGCAUAUUUCAUCUGCUUCAUCAUCUACCUCGGCGCCAACGUCGGUCUUGCCCUACAAAAUAGCUAUGCGGCUCUCUUCGUGCUGCGAUGCAUGCAAAGCGCGGGGAGUAGUACUACAAUCGCACUAUCCGCCGGCGUCAUCGCAGAUAUCGCUUCUGUAGCCGAGAGGGGAAGCUACAUGGGCUUUGUGACAGCCGGCUCUUUACUUGGCCCAGCCCUGGGCCCCGUCAUCGGCGGCCUUUUAUCACAAUACCUAGGCUGGAGAUCCAUAUUCUGGUUCUUGUUUAUCAUUGCUGCAGCAUGGCUCAUUCAAUUUAUCCUGUUCUACCCCGAGACAGGCCGUAAGAUCGUCAGCAAUGGCUCAAUCCCCCCACCCAAGUGGAAUAUGUCCCUGAUCAGUUACAUAAAAUCCCGCAAGGAGGUCUCCGAGGAAGAUCGUCUCGCUGCCGAGAGUACUCUACCUUGCGCGCCACGCAAGCUGUCGUUUCCGAAUCCGUUACCAACGUUGGCUAUUGUAUUGCAAAAGGAUACGGCCGUACUGUUGAUUACAAAUUCGAUUUUCUUUGCGGGGUUUUAUGAUGUGGCUGUUGCUAUUACAUCUUUGUACUCGGAGAUAUACGGUCUAAAUGAUCUGGAGAUUGGGUUAUGUUAUCUCCCCUUUGGUGCGGGUUCUGCGCUGGCUGCGUUCGCGAAUGGGAAGCUCUUGGAUGUUAAUUAUCGGCGUAUUGCGACGCAACUGGGACUCCCUGUUCAGCGGAACAGGCAUACAGAUCUGAAAAACUUUCCGAUUGAGAAGGCUCGAUUGCAGAUUGCGUUUCCACUGAUUCUCGGGGCCAUUGCUCUAAUUAUUGUGUUUGGAUGGGUACUGGAUUAUGGCGUUCAUGUCGCUGCGCCAACGAUUAUCACAUUCUUCAUGGGAUUCUGUCUGACUGGGUCAUUCAACACCGUCAGCACUUUGUUGAUUGAUCUCUACCCCAACAAAGCGGCCACUGCAACGGCAGGAAGUAAUAUUACGCGUUGUCUGCUUGGGGCCGGUGCUACAGCCGUCAUUGAACCGAUGUUGACUGCUAUGGGCGCCGGGUGGUGUUAUACGUUUAUUGCAUUGGUGAUGCUGGCUACGACGCCGUUGUUGUUUAUUUUGAUUAAUUAUGGGCCGAAAUGGAGGGAGGAGAGACGCCUGCGAGAGUUGGCGGAUUGA